GGAGGGGGUUACACACUGACAGGGGCUGCGUUCAUGGAGGGGCUGUGAAUGCAGCCCCUCCAACCCGCCCCGCACCGGGCACUGCACAACCAGGACCCGCUUCGGGACCCCCAGCACCUGCCACAGCUCCGGGGACCCCCGAGGCCGGGUGACGGGUGGCAGCGGUGGCGGGCAGGGACCCACCUGGGACCCCCAGGAGCAGAUGAAACCCCGGCGCGCCCCGGGGCCGGAUGAUGGGCGGCGGCAGUGGCGGGGCGCGCCCGGCAGACGGAGCUGUGCGGGAGGGAGGCGGGAGCACCGGCGCGGUCCCGACAUCCCUGCGCAUCCCGCAGCCCCGCCGGGGAUGCCGCCGCCCGCCGGGCCCUGAGCGCCGGGACGCCGGCGGCCGCCGGCCCCGCUCCGCCGUCUCCCGCCCCCGCCGGAGCCGCCGCCGGGACCAUGGAGGUCGUGGAGGCCAGCACCCUUCAGCAGGAGAGGCUGCAGGCCAUCGCGGAGAAGAGGAAGCGUCAGACGGAGAUCGAGAACAAAAGGCGGCAGCUCGAGGAUGACAGGCGGCAGCUGCAGCAUCUCAAGUCCAAGGCUCUGCGGGAGAGAUGGCUCCUGGAAGGGGCCCCAGCUUCUGCCUCCGAGGAGGAAGAGGCCAUGAAGAAACAGAUGCAGGAGGAUGAGGUGAAGACCAAGGAGCUGGAGGAAACCAUCCAGAGGCUGGAGAAGGAGCUGGAGACGCUGGAGAACAGCAGCUCAGUGGCUUCGACCAAGGAGAACCUGGCAGAGGCAGCAGCCAAGGAGGAGAAGGCUGAGGCUGUCCCCAAUGCACAGAAGAGUCCCCUGGGCACAGUUAAGGCCGACAAGAGGGUCUCCAGCAGCCCCAUGAAGGCAGUGGAAGGCAGUGACAUGAUGAAGGCGGCCAUGUACUCGGUGGAGAUCACAGUGGAGAAGGACAGAGUCACUGGGGAGACCAAGGUCCUGUCCAGCACCACCAUGCUCCCCCAGAACCACUGUCUGCAGGGGGUCAAGGUGUACGAGGAUGAGCUGAAAGUGGUGCAUGCGGUGGGUGCCGAGGACGGGGCCCUGCAGAACGGGGCUCACCCCCUCAGCUCCUCCGAGGUCGACGAGCUCCUGCACAAGGCGGACGAGGCCACCCUGAGCGAAGCUGCCGGGCGCCAGACCCCUGCCAAGGCUGCCAAAGGGGGUGGUGGCAGCGCCCCGGGCAGCCAGAAGCCAACGCCACGGCGGGAGAUCACAGGGCUGCAAGCCAAGGUGCCACCGGGCGAGGGGACAGAGCCCAGCCAGGAGCAACCCGUCACCAUGAUCUUCAUGGGCUACCAGAACGUGGAGGAUGAGAACGAGACCAAGAAGGUGCUGGGGCUGGAGGGCACCAUCAAGGCGGAGCUGGUGGUGAUCGAGGAUGCCGAGAGCAAGCCGGAGGCGGCACACAAGGACCACGCACCGCCCAACGGCACGGCGCUGGAGCCGGCGGCCGCCCAGCCGCUGGGCGAGGAGGGCGCGGGCGGGCAGAAGCCGGGCGCCAACGCCACGGAUGCCAAGGAGGCCGAGCAGGAGGCAGACGUGAAGAAGCAGCGCUGCAAGUGCUGCACGGUGAUGUGAGCCCCCCGCCGAGCCCCCUCCGCCCCGGCCCCUGCUCGCCAGCCCGGCUCACCGGGCUCCCCCCCCACCGGACACACAGACCCUCUUUCUGCAGAACCGGGGAGAUCCAACACGGUGCCAACAGGGCCGCAGCGGGCAGCAGCAGCUCGCCCCAUCUGCCCGAUGCCAGCCCCGUGCCGCCCCCCACCAGUGCUGCCUGUGGUAUUUAUUAGUGACCCCCCUCGCCCCUCAGCGCGCCCACCCCGCCACAGCCCGGCCUCACCCCCCCUGCCACCGGCACCGGGGUCCUUCCCUCUGUCACCCACAUCGUCCCAGCCGCCGUCGGAGGGUGGAGCUGCCGGGCAGGGGGUCGGAGGACGACACUGUGUCCGUAGAUGACUCCCCAGGAGCCGCCACCAGCGGGACCACGGUGGGCACGGGACCCAGCCCUGUGCCAGCGCCUCCCUCUGUGCCUCCAUCACCCACUUCUCCAGUGGGGAAAGGCCUGGGUCUGUUCCCCGCUGGCUGCCCAUGGACAUCUCUGCUCCGUGUGUCCUCAUCCCUGCGGUCCCAGGCUCUCACACAGAGCGCGUCCAGGCAAGGGAAGGGCACUGAGGGCAGCGUCCCCUCCCUGAUACUUGGCUGUGGUAAUGGCCAGGGCCACCAGGGCUCCUGCAGGGUCAACCCAGCCUGGCCCCAGGCCUGCUCUGCUCCUCCUGGGCUCAGCUCCACAUGUUGGAGCCCCCCACUCUGGUGCUGGCAGUGGCAGCCAUUCCUCUGUCUCGCUGUUGGCCAGUGCCCCUGGGCUGUGGCCAGCGCUCAUGUCCUCCUGGGGAAAUGCCAGUGAGGGAAGGGGAACCUGGGGGGACCCAGCCUUGUGGGGCAGGAAUGGGGUGGGGGUCCUGUGUUUCCUUGUGGCAGCAGGAGUGUGGCCCAGCAUCCCAUCCCCUUCCUGCCUCUGCCACCCAGCAGUACCAGCUUUGCAGAGCCACGUUCUGGGGUCCCAGGCUGCAGCACUGGGUCCCCCAGGGGAGUGGGGCAGUCCAGUGUGUCCCAGUACUGGCACUGGGAGGUGCCAGGGGUCUGGUGUCCCACAGAGGGCAGCCUCCCUGCUGCCCCACCUUGCACCCCAGCCCUUCAGUGGGGAUUUCACCACCAGCACCAGCGUUUUCUCCCCACUGAGACCAGCUGGGGCAGGCGGGGGGGUGGGGGUCCCCUGGUUUUUUGUCUCCAGAGCCCACAUCAGCUGCCCCUGAGCUGCAGCACCCAGGCUGGCAGUGCCCAGAUACUUGUCCAGCUUUGGGCAGGGUGCAGCCACUAGCAAGGGAUCCUUGUAUGAGUGAGAGGGUUUCUUCUGCUGUGAGGCUGGGCAAGCCCCCAGGGAUCCCCCAAAGCAUGUGUGCAGCAGCAUCCACGCUGCCCAGCCCACCAGGACACCGGUGGUCGAGCAGCCAGGGAUGGGGCUCUGCUCCCCCCAAGGAUGAGCCUUCCUUCCCCUACAUUCCCCUUGUGUGAGCAGUGACACCCCCUGUCCUCCUGACAUCCCAGUUGUCCCCCAGUUACCAUCCAGGCUGCAGUUUUCCCCCCAGUAGAGUCAUUGCAGGGCUGAGGGGGGAGGGCUCAUGGUGCCACCCCAGUCCUGAGCCCCAGCCAGCACCCACAGCAUCUGGGAGAGGCAGGGCUGGGGAAGGGGGGCUUUGGGAGGCACUGCCAGGGGAAUCAGGGCCUCUCCCACCCCAUCCACUGCUGGGCAUUGCUGCAGAGCAGGGCAUGGGCUGGGUGCCACAGGGCAUCUGCCCCCAUAGUCCUGGGGGGAACAUCACCUCUUUCCACCCCACAUCAGUGGCCAACACCACCCACCCCAUCCCACCCUGGGCCCUGCAAUCCCCCAGCACCAAGCUGGGGCUCCCUCCUGCCCUCGGCACCCCCUGCCCCUCGGUUGGCUUUGACCCUGAGCCCAACCCGGCCCCUGGGGCGGUGGGAGCAGGACCAGACCCCCGGGCCGGGGCUGGGGUGUGAGAGGAGUGGGGGGUGGGCCCGGCAUCGUCCCCACCCGGCCCCACAGCCCCCCUGUCCCCUGCCCGGCUCUGCUGAAGUGCACUUCCCGUGCCCCUGAGCUUUUCACUUGUGCCGAAGCCGUUUGAAUUCCUUUCCCUUCCCCUCCCUAUCCCAUCCCUCCCCACCCCGUUGUUUGUAAAACACCCAAACUGAGCAAAUAAACUGUGUGAACAACCA